AUGCUCAAGUGCCCGUGUACGUGCGCCACGUCAACAAUGACAACAGCAACCACGUCGACCAGCAUGACAACGUUGUCGAUGACAACUGGCUCAACUUUGACCUCGGUCUCGGACACGACGUUCACAAUGACGAUUACCUCGUUGACGUCGGGCACCGUGUCCACCACGACCACCACGUGUGAGCCAGACUGGUGCCAGCACGCGGACUGUAGCUUCAGCUUUUCUGUGAUAGCUUGCGUAUGCACUUGCGUGAGUACCUCGACCGAGACUGCAUCAUCGGGCACCGUGUCCACCACGAGCACUGCGACGUCUACGCACCGAAACUUCUACAAGCACCAUAACAACUGA